GGAAAGAGGAUUCGAUUUUGGAAAGGAACAGAAAAUAGGUAUAUGUCGAGUUUCUGGGGGGAACGUUUUGGAUGGUACUAACUACUAAGAGAAGUGGGAAGCUUCCAAAGAUGGGGCAGGGGUGGAGAUUUAGAAGAUUGUAACAAAACAAACUGACAAAGGACGAUGAUGGUGAUAAGGAUGAGCAGCGAGCAGCCCAAUCCGACCGGCAGAGAUUGGUGCGGCGCCGGAGCUUCGAAAGCCCUGAAAGCCUUGAAAUCCAGAUUGCGAUUCUUCGGCGGUGACCAGUCCUAUUGGUUGGAAUACAAAAACCACAUCGCUUACCUAAAUCGAGAAGUGGCUAGGUCGAGGAAGACGACGACGGGGAAUUCGAAAUUGAUGGCGGAGAGAGGGAUUUGCGACAGCUUCUCCAAGGAGUAUGGCGAAUAACCCAGAAAAACACCAAGAUCCCGCAUCUGUUGCCCGCACACCCUUCAAUUCAAUCGAACGCGACGACACUGUGGCUGUGAUUUCCCACGACACUGUGGCUGUGAUUUCCCAUCGGCGGUGAAAACUGAAAACGGGGGAGGGGAGAAAUAGAGAUUAAGUUUUAUUUUUAUUUUCUAAUAGUUGUGAAAAUGAUUUGUAAAAUUUAAAUGAUGAAAAUUUAUUAUUUUUAACAGUCAUGUAAUUUAUUUAACGAUCAACUAUGAAAGUUGACCGCCGCAUCAGCAAAAAUUAAAUGAAGAGUGAUCAAACUU